GUUGGCAGCAGGGCAAGGGAGUGCAACCUGGCCCAGGUCUGCAGUUUCUGCUUGGACACUGAGCCAAGCGGACAUGCAGCACAAGCUGGGGAAGGCCAUUCUGCCUCCAGCCCCAGCCUCUCUCCUGCCUUCCGUGGCCAUGUGGAGCGAUCUCAGCCUCUGGCUCUGCCUGGUACCCUUGAUCCUGGGCCUCUUGUCUGAAGGUGUGAGCACGACGCCAUUGCCAGUGGCUGAGCCCCGAAGCCCCUGCUCUCUGAAGGGAGUAGAGAUCCAAGGUGGCUCCUUCCGCCUUCUCAAGGAGGGCCAGGUGCUGGAGUACGUGUGUCCAUCUGGCUUCUACCCAUACCCUGUGCAAGUGCGCACCUGCAGAUCCACAGGGUCCUGGAGCACGCUGCAGACCCAAGACCGAAAGAUUGUCAAAAAGGCAGAAUGCAGAGCAAUUCGUUGCCCAAGACCACAGGACUUUGAGAAUGGGGAGUACUGGCCCCGGGCCCCCUACUACAAUCUGAGUGAUGAGAUCUCGUUCCACUGCUAUGAUGGUUACACCCUCCGGGGCUCUGCCAAUCGCAGCUGCCAAGUGACUGGUCGGUGGGAUGGGCAAACAGCCAUCUGUGACAAUGGAGUGGGGUACUGCCCCAACCCGGGCAUUCCCAUUGGCACAAGGAAGGUGGGCAGCCAGUACCGCCUUGAAGACAGUGUCACCUACUACUGUAGCCGGGGGCUCACCCUGCGUGGCUCCCAGCGGCGAACAUGCCAGGAAGGUGGUUCUUGGAGUGGAACGGAGCCUUCUUGCCAAGACUCCUUUAUGUACGAUACCCCUGGAGAGGUGGCCGAAGCCUUCCUGUCUUCACUGACAGAGACCAUAGAAGGAGUCGACGCUGAGGAUGGGCACAGCCCAGGGGAACAACAGAAGAGGAAGAUUGUCCUGGAUCCCUCGGGCUCCAUGAACAUCUAUCUCGUGCUGGAUGGAUCAGACAGUGUUGGGGCGCGCAACUUCACAGGGGCCAAGAAUUGUCUUAGAGACUUCAUUGAGAAGGUGGCAAGUUACGGAGUGAAGCCAAAAUAUGGUCUAGUGACAUAUGCCACAGACACCAACAUUUUGAUCAGAGUAUCCCAAGCAGAGAGCAGCAAUGCAGACUGGGUCACAGAGAAGCUCAACAAAAUCAGCUAUGAAGAUCACAAGUUAAAGACGGGGACUAACACCAAGAAGGCUCUCCAGGCUGUGUACAGCAUGAUGAGCUGGGAAGGGGACAGCCCCCCUGAAGGCUGGAACCGCACCCGCCAUGUCAUCAUUCUCAUGACUGAUGGCCAGCACAACAUGGGCGGGGACCCAGUCGCUGUCAUUCACGAUAUCCGGGCCUUGCUGGACAUUGGUAGGGAUCGCAAAAACCCAAGGGAAGAGUAUCUGGAUGUCUAUGUGUUUGGGGUUGGACCUCUGGUGAACCAAGAGAACAUCAAUGCUUUGGCUUCCAAGAAAGAUAAAGAGCAACAUGUGUUCAAAGUCAAAGACAUGGAAAACCUGGAGGAUGUUUUCAUCCAAAUGCUUGAUGAAACGCGGACUCUGGGUCUCUGUGGCAUGGUUUGGGAGCACAGGAAAGGCACUGAUUACCACAAGCAACCAUGGCAGGCCAAGAUCUCUGUCACUCGCCCUUCGAAGGGACAUGAAAACUGCAUGGGGGCUGUGGUGUCUGAGUACUUUGUGCUGACAGCUGCACACUGUUUCACGGUGGAAGACCAGUCACACUCAAUCAAGGUCAACGUGGGAGGGGAAAAGCAGGACUUGGAGAUAGAGGAAGUCCUAUUUCACCCCAAGUACGACAUCAAUAGGAAAAAAGCAGAAGGAAUUCCUGAGUUUUAUGACUAUGACGUGGCCCUGAUCAAGCUCAAGAAGAGGCUGAAGUUCGGUGAGACUCUCAGGCCCAUCUGCCUCCCUUGUACUGAAGGGACGAAUCAAGCUUUGAGGCUGCCACUGUCAACCACUUGCGAGCAGCAGAAGGAAGAACUGCUCCCUGCUAAGGAUAUCAAAGCUCUGUUUGUGUCUGAGUUGGUUAAGGAUAAGAAGAAGAUGCUGGCUCGGAAAGAGGUCUACAUCAAGAAUGGGGAUAAGAAAGCCGCAUGUGAGAGGGAUGCUCAAAAGGCCCCAGGCUAUGAGAAAGUCAAGGACAUCUCUCAGGUGGUCACCCCCAGGUUCCUAUGCACUGGAGGGGCGAAUCCCUAUGCUGACCCCAACACUUGCAAAGGUGAUUCUGGUGGUCCCCUGAUUAUUCACAAGAGGAGUCGGUUUAUUCAAGUUGGUGUGAUCAGCUGGGGUGUAGUGGAUGUCUGCAAAGACAGGAGGUUGCAGCACCAGGUACCUGCUCAUGCCCGAGACUUUCACAUCAACCUCUUCGAAGUGCUGCCCUGGCUCAAAGAGAAACUACAAGAUGAGGAUCUGAGAUUUCUAUAAGGGGUUCCCUGCUGGAAAGGGGCAUGAGAUCAAAUUAAAAUAGCUGUGACAAUA